AUGGCAUUCAAUAAUUCUACAAUUGGAUCUCUCUUAAGUAGCAUCAACCACGAGAAGACUAAACACAUCACAAUGCUCUACAGAAUAAGGAGACUGCUUGAGCUGGGGGAGAAGGGCGGAUACCUCCUGGUUCGUGGAACUGGAGACAAAUUGCUGGUGACUGAAAACCAGAAGGUGAUUUACGAUAGGGUGAAAUUCAACCACCCUGUGACCAAGAUAUUUGGUGAAUUCGUAGAAAGAGCAUCAGAAAGUAUAAAUGGAGCAAGAUACAUGAUUGGAUUGAGUAGAAGACUGGUAGACAAGCUGAUAGUCCUAUUGGACAGCGGUGUCACAGGAAAGUACAUAAGUAACGGUCUACGAGACCUGGAAAUUGAGUCACAGUUUGUGGAGGAAGAGGCUGGCUUAGCCAGACUCUUCUUCUCGGUGCUAGGAAACAUGCACCUUUCUAAGACACUUUUAAGGGCAAUUAGUGAAACAGGCUCAUUUGAUACUGAGAGGAUUCGUCUUAUAAAGAUGAAUACAGGUGUAUUUGAUGAUACGGUGCUAGUUAGUGGAAUGGUGGUACCAAAUGGCGUAUCAGGGCGCAUAAGACGUGGGGUGAAUACGACACUUGGUCUCUACAGCUGUGCCCUGGACAUUCCUAGGACUGAACUAAAGGGAACUGUUCUCCUCAAUGGGGCAGAAGAGCUGCUUCGAUAUUCGAAGGACGAGACUGAACGCAUUCGUGAGGCAGUAGAUGCCCUUACGACCAAUAUUCUGCUUGUUCAUGGCUCAGUCAACAGCACAUUCCUUGAUAUGUGCAAUCGUAGGAAUAUCGUGGUUCUACGAAUUUACAGCAAAUUUGAUUUGGUUCGAAUCAGCAGGGGCCUUGGUUUGAAGGUGAACGAGACCAUUUCAGGCAGAAACAGAACAGUGGUGAAGGAGGUGUCGACAAUCAGGGCUGGAGAGAGGGAGUUCACUCGGGUGAUUGGAAAUGGGCAGAUUCGUACGAUUGUGCUUCGUCAUUCUCUAAGGGAGGUUCUUGAUGAAUACGAGACCAAAAUAAAUGGGCUACUGAAUGGGCUGAAGAACAAGGAGGAUUUGCUGGUGGAUGAGAGACGGAUUCGUGUGAAGAGCACUGGAAUCGUAGCAGAGGCAGUGCAGGAGGCAUUGGAAGACGAGGAUGUUCCAAUGGUUGAUUCAGACAGAGAAAGGUGCUUCUUCUACGCCAUGGAGUUCAUUGCGACUGUUUUAGAGGUGGAUGAGUAUUUGGUAGCUCAGCCAGACCAGUUACAGUUGAAAGAGCCAACUCAUUUACAGGAAGAUCACUAG